UCCUUCGCGUUGCUUUCACCAUCUGCUUGUGCUGCAAAUACCCAAUCGGAUCUCUUUUUCUUCGUGGCGCUCCUCUUCCUAUGGUAUGUGCUCUUAGCGCACCCUUCAAUAGAUGUUUGGCUGGCCCAGGCGAUCUGCCAUACAGAGCCUGAGCGCCAAUGACGGCUAUGGCGUCCACUGCGGAUGCACGCGUUUCACAUUCUGGCGCUGACGAGGAUGGCUCCAGUCUCUUCAGGAAUGAUCCGAGAGCGUCCUGCUCUGCCGCGCGAGCUUCUGCCAGCGGACCACGCAACGCACCCGACGAUGGGCAUCGGUAUAUUCUCGGCGGCUGCAAAAUGACCUCGUCUCUGUCCUCGACGGACUCUCCAUCCUGUUCUUCCCACUCAUUCUGCCCUGCCUCUUUCUCAAUCUCCUCAUCGUCUUCUUCUCCGGAGCAUGGGUAUGGACACCCAGGCCGGAAAUGAGAAUCUGCCCAUCUUCGUCCUCGUCUUCAUCCUCGUCCUCGUCCUCGUCUUCAUCCUCGUCCUCGUCUUCAUCCUCGUCCUCGUCUUCAUCCUCGUCCUCGU